AUGGCAGAUUACGUUAAGGUUUUCCAAGAUGAGCUCAAAACUCUAGACCAUAAAUUCGCUGGCAACGGUCUGUUGCAACAAUUUGAAGCUAAGACCAACCUUCCAAAGUCGUACGGUGUGGUCGGGGCAGCCUCUGUAUAUCUACUUUUGAUCUUCAUCAAUGUUGGUGGCAUUGGCGAGAUUUUGUCGAACUUUGUUGGAUUUGUGAUCCCCACUUACUACUCUCUAGUGGCUCUCAAAUCUGCUCAAACCAAAGAUGAUUCUGAAUUGCUGACCUAUUGGGUUGUCUUUGCUUUCUUGAACGUUAUCGAAUUUUGGUCCAAGGCUAUUUUAUACUGGGUUCCUUUCUACUGGUUCAUUAAGACCUUGUUGUUGGUGUACUUGGCUCUACCUCAAACCAACGGAGCUAAGUAUGUGUACAAGACUAUCUUGGACCCAAUCACCAGCAAGUACAUUAAGGCGUCCGGGCCAAGAGGUACCGAAAAUAUCUCGAUUAAAAUGGACAACUUGGCUUCCCAUGGUAAGACCACUGGGUUCGCUGGCCAUCAGCAAUAA